UCGCGCUGGACCCUUGAUUACUCAUUCCGUCCAGGUACAGAAGAAGCCAACCGACCCGAGGUGCUCCGCGUCCGCUGUUCCUGUGUGGCUGCGCCAGAUUACCGGUUCGAUUCGAGCAGCAUUAUCGUGUCUCACAGGGAAUUACAGGAGUGGGAAUACGUAUUAUACGAACGUGUUUCAGUGCACUCGCGCGGGGAAAUGAUGCAUUGAGGACGCGUCUCGUCUUCCGAGCUCCAGUACACCCACCUCGAUCGGCGAGAAGCAUCACAAAUGGCUACUCUUUUGCGGAAAAUCGGUCUAAUUCGACUGCACGACCGAGACACGGAGGACCCGAAGCAUCACCACCAGGGCUCACUGAAAGGGACUAAAGGCAACCAGAAGAACAACAACAUGAAGCACUGCAACACCAGCAACGAGACCAACAACAUCCUCAGCACGCCCGAAAUCAAAGCCAGGCGCUUCGACGUGUCCGGCAAGGACAAGCCCGCUGUUAAACCGGACAAACCGAGCAAGGACGCGAAAGAGAAGCCGCAAACGGGAGGCGGCAAAGCGACGAGCGGCUCCGUGAUGCCCCCGCCGGCGGCGCACCGACAGCACUGCACCCAGGUGCGGACGCGGAGGCUGAUGAAGGAGCUGCAGGACAUCCGGCGGCUCGGAGACAGCUUCAUCACGGUGGAGCUGGCGGACGAUAACCUCUUUGACUGGAAUGUGAAGCUGCAUCAGGUGGACAAGGACUCCGCGCUGUGGCAGGACAUGAAGGAGACCAACACCGAGUACAUACUGCUGAAUGUCACCUUCCCCGACAAUUUCCCCUUCUCCCCGCCGUUCAUGCGCGUGCUGACGCCUCGGCUGGAGAACGGGUACGUGCUGGACGGCGGCGCGAUCUGCAUGGAGUUAUUAACGCCCCGAGGCUGGUCGAGCGCGUACACCGUCGAGGCCGUGAUGAGGCAGUUCGCUGCCAGUCUGGUCAAAGGACAGGUGAAUCGCGUAAAAACGCGCAACAUCCAUUCAACGCGGGUCCAUAUGGUAGUGUCUGUUACAUAUAUUGCGUGGUCGUAUCUGCAGGAAAGCAGGCAAGUCAAAGAAGGCCUUUAGUCGUAAGGAAGCUGAGGCGACCUUCAAGAGCCUUGUCAAGACCCACGAGAAGUACGGCUGGGUGUCCCCUCCUGUAUCCGACGGCUGAUGUCUACAUCUUCGACGGCGAUCCCGACAAGGCUUUUUUCAGUUGGGUUUUCUUCUUUUUCAUCAUCAAACUUAACUACGAAAAAAAUAAAACAAGCUAGCGCAUCAUAUCCUACACAUAAACGUGGCACAUUCACCAUCACUCCGUCCUUCACUCUUCUUCAUCGAUGUGCCAUGGACCGAACAAUCGCUGCGACAUCACAAUUACUCAUGAGUGGGCGUCACUGCGGCUACAUACAGCUAUGGACUCUGGAUAUGAUUGAGCGUCAAAGCAAAGUUAAAUGUGCAUCAUCUCCAUUCUAUUUCCUGUCUGUGUUGCCUCUUUUUUUCCCCUCCAUCCAUCCCUCUUUCCUUUUUAUAGCUGACAAAGCAUUGCACUGAACAGCAUCAGACUUGCCCCCAUUUACAUGCAAAUUACUUUGUUAACACUUAAUAGAUAAGCAGAACAUUACACUACAUUUGAGGUUCAGUUUCCCUGGUUUCCUCGUCAUUGGCUGUGCUGUUUUUCAUGGUUGGAUGCAACUUGAUUGUAAUUUAUGUAGAGCUGUGCACUUUCUGUUCCUCU